UAUUUGUGCCAGGAGUCGUGGGUUGUACAAAACAUCUUCAACAUCACCAUAAACUUCAGAGAAACCGUUUUUCUCACAACAAAAGCAACUCUGUGCACAGCCUUCAGUUGGCUGCCUGGGAAAUGACUGUAGUCGACAACUGCCGGGUCAAUAUAGAUGUUCAUGUUAAUUUUCCAAGUUGGGGAAACAGCAUGCCUAUUGUUAGGGGAGAGAAACAUGUGAGAGAUUAGCGAUGAGCAACUUUACAAACAACUAACUGAAAGAAGCUUGAUUCAAUAUGAAGAGGGAAAACUGUGCAGUAUAGCUUCACUUACCAUUAGUUUAUUGCUUCUGCUACUCAGAGAAGCUGGAGAGGAGGGGAAAAUAGAUCUGGCUGAUAUUAUUUCAGGCUAGUUGGAAGGAGAGUAUUACACAAAAGGAUCUAGCCUGGAGAGAUCAGCCCAGCAAGUGAAUGUUAGAGAAGCAAUGUCUGCAAGAGAAAAAUGAAGACAGGACAUUUUGAAAUGGUCACCAUGCUGCUGGCAGCUAUGAGCCUAAUGGACAUCUUCCAGGUGAAGGCUGAAAUAUUAGACAUGGCAGAUAAUGCAUUUGAUGAUGAAUACCUGAAAUGCACUAACAGGAUGGAGAUCAAAUAUGUUCCCCACCUGCUUAAGGAGGAAAUAGCAAGCCAUCAGCUCUUGGAGACUGUGUGGGAAAAUGCAAAAGCCAAAUGGGAAGCUCAGAAGACUCAGCUCUUUCUUCCUAUGAACUUUAAGGAUAACCAUGGAAUAGCCCUUAUGGCAUACAUUUCUCAAGCUCAAGAGCAAACUCCCUUUUACCACAUGUUCAAUGAAGCUGUAAAGAUGGCUGGCCAAUCUCGAGAAGAUUAUAUCUAUAGUUUCCAGUUCAAAGCUUUUCAUUUUUACCUGACAAGAGCCCUGCAGUUGCUGAGAAGACCUUGUGAGGACACCUACAAAAAUGUGGUGUAUAGUAUAAGCCAGGGUACUUCAUUUUUAUUUGGAGGACUAAACCAAGCCAGGUUUGGGCGUUUCACCUUGGCAUAUCCAGCCAUACCUCAAGCUGUUAGUGACCCGCAUAGCCUGCUAACCAUCAACACAUGCUUUGGAGUUUCCAUUGAAAACUUUUUGGAUAAAGAAAGUGAAAGAAUUGUUUUAGUACCUCUGAAUGAGGUAUUUCAUGUGUCACAGGAAGGGGCUGGCAAUAGCCUUAUCCUUCAAAGCACGAACAAGACCUGCAGCCAUUAUGAGUGUGCAUUUCUAGGUGGACUAAAAACUGAAAAUUGUGUUGAGAACAUGGUAUAUUUUCAACCUGUUUAUGUCUACAGCCCUGAUGAGAAAAAUCAGAAGCUUGAAGACCCAGGUAAGACAUUUUCAUACACUCUGGAGGCUUACAUUUGCAAGACAGCUCCUCUUAGGGGUGGGAGUAGGUGGGACUGGCAUGGUAAGGAAAAGUGGCAAGAAGGCAGAGCCUUCCUUAACUUACUAGUUUAAUAUAUCAGAGAUGCUCCUGGGUUUCAGAGAGAAUUCUUUAAAAAACGACAGAGCAGCUCUAUGUCGCCCGUCAAACAACCCUUAAGUCAUUCCCGCAUAGCAGUUAGAGAAAGUGCAUGAAAACUUGUUCUAGAGAACAUAUUUUGCUUUAAGCUAGCUAUUACAUGGAUAGAGGAAGAUGGGACCAAUUAUUUCACAAACUCUUGUGGCCUAAAGUGUUGGGAAGUGGCAUACA